CAUAUUGUCCUUGCUAUCCGGUGUGACCUUGGACAAUCUGGCUCUGAAAUAUUUUGCGGUUUUAAUGCGACGACCAGAGUAGACAGGGGUUGACAUCUAAGUUUUUUAUGCAACCCUCCGUUGAUUUACGUGACCGUCUAAGUUUGUAUGCAUUUUAAAGAUACUUUAUUUUUCAAUAGACAUGAGUGGACCAAGGAAGUUAAAACAAAGUUUUUAAUCUUUUUGCGUAAGUUUAAAUACUAAGCACCAAACAGGUCACGCUACAGAUUCAAAAUCAUAAAUGUGUCCACUCAUUAAAGCUCAGCACUCUUGUACUUCCUAUUCGGGUAUCUCCCGAAAGAAACGAAUUUUGUUUUGUACCUACAAUUUGAUAUGCAAGUAUCCAAUGUAGAACAAUAGUUUACUACAGAAGAUCUUGAAGAGAAAGGUAUUCACUUAUUUCUUUACUUACUUUCUAGUUCUAUAGGUUUUCAUUUUAUAAUAAUGAUCACGUUACUUGUGUACUGCUUCGUUGCAUUGUUUACAUGCAGUGACGCAAUUGACAUAAUGCAAAUGAAAAUAGUCAAUGAGGUUUCAAAUUAUGGUUGGAAUGCUGGUGUAGGUGCAGAUUCCAGGUCAAAACUAACAGCCAGGGUGUCUCCAGCAUCAUUUUCUGGCCCAACAAGUCUAAAAGCUUUGUCUCGCAAGUGUUUUUCCUACAUGGGUGACUAUAAGUAUGAGCUUUGCCCGUUUCAUAAUCUCACUCAACAUGAACGGUCAAUGAGGUGGAACCCAUAUAGUGGUGUUGUUGGUGUUUGGAAAGAAUGGGAGAUAGCAAAUAACACGUUUAAAGCCAUGAUUAUGAAGAAUGGUGAUGACUGUGGCUCUGUCACACGCCAGGCUCGUGUUUUAUUAAAGUGUGGCACAGUUAAUAAUAUAACUUCUGUAACAGAGCCUAGUCGGUGUCAAUACGAACUUAUUUUUGAAACUCCACUUGCUUGUCAUCCAGAUUCAAUGCUGGUUUAUGUAACAAUGAAUGCUAGUUUGCGAUAUGAAUGGGACAAUAUAGAACAAGCUCAUUACAAUGAGUUCAUUACAGAAAAAGGUUACAAUCGAAAAUUAUUGGAACUCUUUGACAAAGCUGGUUUUCUAACAGUGCCAGAAGAUAACAUUGUUUCACAGGAUAUACAAGAGUUUACAUCGGUACAAACAUGUAAUGUGGAAUAUCAGAAACUGCUUUCUGAAGUAACAAAAUUACGAAAAUUAAACAGUAAUAACAGCUCGUAGUUCCGGGAUGGGCAACACAAUUAAAAUGUAUGUGACAAUAUUUAUGCAACAUCUAAUACAUAUAAUAUAUUAUACCUAUGUUAUAAAAAUUUGUGCAAUCAAAGAAAUAAAAAUUGGUAAAAUCGUUUGUAAAA